UCAUGAAAAUGCUCCUAUAGACUUUUCUAAAAUAUUUUGACAUUGUUAAUUAAGACAUCUAUGUGAAGUCGGAGACCCUGAUGUUGUAUUUUGAAAAUUAUUGCUGAUGGUACGUGUAAGUUAUCAGUCUCUUGUAAAAUGGGGUAAGGCGUCAUUUCAUUGCUGUGAUCCUGUGAUCCUCAGAUCCUGGUGAAAUGUACCCUACAGUAUUUGAAACUUUCAUCUUUCUCUAGCACACCUGAGUAAUGUUUGAUUUUUUGUCGGAUUGAUUAUGGUGGUGCUUUAGUCACCCAAAGUUGAACGAAAUCAUUACUGAAAAAUCCGAUAGCCACCCUAACUAGCACUCAUAAUUUGAAAUUAGUAAUUUUAUAAGGGUGGGAAAUCAAACAUUCAUGGUUCAUGAGAAUUGAAACAUACUUUUCUCGAAUCAUGCACAAUUCAGGGUUUGAUUUUACUUUUCGCUUGUAUUAAAUUUUGUAGUACUACAAAACUGUUGUGUUGACCAUUCAUACAUGUACACACGAAAUGGUUGUUUUUUAUAUGCUCUUUGGGUAUUUCUUCAUUCCACUGUAUCCUGGUAUCUAUUGUAUAGGCCUUGUUACCAUCUUGUCCUUUUUUAAGUGGCAUAGUUUUAUAUCAAUGCUGGAUCUCAGGCCUUGUUUUUCAGCUUCUUCCAUAUCCCUGAAGAAGCAGAAAAAUAGCUACAUGUAACUAGUCUGUCUCUUGUUCAUGUGCAGGACGGUUGGCCAAACAUGUAGGGAAUUUGGCUUGUCUGAGGAACAUUUGAAAUAAAUGCCCACCAAGGGAGCUGAAAAAUGGAUUCCAUCAGUCAAGAACACCAUUUCUUGUUUCUAUAAUGCCUGGAUACAAGUUGGCGGCUUGUGACUUGUCUACUAUUGAUGCAAAACUUCUUUGCCCAUCGUGUGGAUACGUCUUACGUGAUGCCAUGCAAUUAGACUGUGGUCAUCACUAUUGUGAAGCAUGUCUUAGCAAUAUGCAAAGGCAGAAUCCUUCAAACUGUUUAAAGUGCGGACAGUCUCUACUUAAUAUGGAGAGAUUUGCUGAUGAAUUCUUAAGACGGGAAAUCUCAACUUUGGAAGUAAUAUGUAAAUACAAGGAUGAUGGAUGUCCCUGGCAAGGACAAUUGAAGUUAAUAGAUGAUCAUCAUAACCACUGCGAGUGCAGACCAGUAUUAUGCAGAAAUGAAAACUGUAAUGCCAAUAUACUAUCACGGCAAUUGCAAGAACAUGAGACCAUGGAAUGUGGCUACCGCCCAGUUGUGUGUGAACACUGCGAUGGUCGAGAGACAUUUGCAGGAUUACAGAACCACCUAACAACCUGUCCAAAUGUUCCUGUGCAGUGCAGAACUUGUGGUAAAGAGAAUAUACCUCAGUCACAGCUUACAUACCAUACAGAUCCACUAAAUGGGGACUGUCCUAGAAAACCUUGUCCAUUCACGGAAAAUGGCUGUGCGCACAAUGAAUUGAUGACCCAAGAUGGUCUAAACCUUCAUUUGGCUGAAUGUAUCAAAGAACACCUCCUGCUGCUGCAGGGCUUAGUGGAAGCACAUCGUCAUCCACAUGGUUCUGAAGCACUGCAACCUCAAGUUGCUGGUAUCAGGCAGGACCUCGAUGGAGCUGAAGUUAAGCUUGGGGAUCAUGACUGGGCUCUAAUUAAUCAUUACAGUUUGUUGGAAAAGUUAAGAAGUGAUGUCAAGGCAUUGUUGAAUGCUCAAACACAAGAGAGAGAGAGGCAGGAAGCUACUGUUGCAGAGCUAAAGCAAGAGAACAGAGAUCUAAAAGAGGAAAAUAGAACUAUGAAGAACCGCAUUACAGCUCUAGAGAUGCGUGCUAAUAGUCAUGAUGACCAUGAUAACACGUUGAAUGCCCAUCUUCAGCUGGCACGUACACUUAUGAGUUCUGUGCUUCGCCAGGUUCAGGAACUUUCUUGCCAGAGGGAUGUUCAGUGUGGGAAGCUGGUCUGGAAAAUUUCUGACGUGUGCCACAAAUGUGCAGAGGCCAGAGGCAAUCCAGAAUUAUUCCUCUCAAGCCCACCAUUUUACACCUUCCACGCUGGCUAUAAAGUAUGCGUACGCCUCUACAUGAAUGGUCAUGGAUGUGAAUGGAAUUCACACCUGUCUUUCUUUUUUGUUUUAAUGAAAGGCGAUUGGGAUGUGAUUCUCGAGUGGCCAUUUUCCCACCGAGUUGAGUUCAAAGUCAUGGGCCAAGCUAACAGGAGAGGUGAUUAUGUCACAGCCUCUCUAUUACCAGAUCUGCAAAGUGCAUCAUUUGCUCAACCGGUUUGUGGAAUGAACGAUCCCCAUGGUGUUCCUCAAAAUGCCUUUCCUUUAGAUAUUCUUGCAAGAGAUGGCUAUGUCCAUGAUGAUACGAUGUUUGUUAAAGUUACAGUCCUUGAUAAGUGAUUAUGGAUGACUUUCUCAGUCCAUUUCAGGUUGCAAGUACCUGUACACUGUAUGCAACUUAUUUGAUUUGAUAGGAUACCAGUAUGAGACCCUGAGAAGCAGAGGUUUGUGCUUGGAUAGACGCACACUUUUUUCAUUACUGUUGUUCUCAUUUUACAUUCACUGUAUUAAAUGCAGUUCAUUUAAGGUAUGUGAUAAUUUAAAAAAACCAUAGUAAGAGUAUAAUUAGAGUGUAUAUAUUUAUAUGUACAGUGUAUGUAUAGUAUUGCUAUCAGCAGCAGUUCCUUCAGAGUAAACUACAGUGGAACCUCUUUAACAUGGACAGCAAAGGGCUAGCGAAGAGUGUCAAUGUUAUGGAGGUGUCCGUACUAUAGAGGUGUCCGUAAGAAGAGGUUCGACUGUGCAUUUAUAUGUAGCGGGUCUCGUGAUCAUCUGAGUGACUUACAAUUAAGCUUCUUAAAAAGGUAAUUUGAUUCAAGAUAGUUUGAAUAGUUUUUGCUGAAUGUCGUAAAUUAUUUGGCUGUAACCCCACUGAAUGGAACCUUUUUAUGCCAAUCAUGAUCAUGUAAUGCUAUUGUUAUCAGUGUUGUUAUUUAGAAUACUUAUAAACCAUUUUGAGUGUAAACUUUCUUCACUACUACCAUUUGUAGUAGAUGUAAUGAACUCUUAGGUUUUUUGGCUAUCUGCUGGCGUCUUAUGAAUUCUUAAUGUUAUCUUCUGCCUCAGUUUUUCCCCUUUUGUUAUAUUGCGUCCAUAAGAUAUUUGACGAAUCUUCACUACUUUUCUCCAGAUUUUAGUGUGUACUUAAUGUUUGAAAAAUGUUUUGUCUGGCACUUCAGCUUGCAUUUUCCUCGUAAACUACAUGUAGGCCCUGAAGAUUACGGAGAUUACUGAACUUUGAACGUGCAGCAGAACAAAGUUGAGUCACACGAUUUUGAUUUACAUAUCAAUGUUUUAUACAGUGGUGGUUACUGUCGCAGAAAAGUGGUUACCAUUAUUCAGUUACAGUCAAAAUUUGAAUAGAAUAGUCUUUUUUAUGCUGAAAGUUUUCACCGUUUUGACUGUGAAUACCGUAUUUAGGAUUUCUCUUCAUAUUUUUGUAUCAUAGAGAAAAUACCCAGAUUUAUUUAAAAUGGGUUCGUAUGUUAGCCUUGUAUAUAGUGAUAACAUUGAUUGCCCCCUCUUAGGAAGUCCAUAUCUGUUCCUUUGAGGCUGUGCUACAGUAUAAUAUACAUCACAGAGAGAAAUGACGUUUCCAAAUAUUUUAAAUUUUUUGGAAUUUUAAUGUUUAAUUAUAAAGGUGGUAUGAGCACCUUGAGUACAUCAAUAGCAGUGCAUGUAGCUCACAACAGGUUAUUAUUAGUGGAUUAAUUGAUUAUAGUAGACCGUAAAAAAACUGUUAAUAGUUUUAACUUUUAUCCAUAUUACUGGUUAGUGUAAGGAUUGCUAGGUGUAUUAUCUUAGUUGGAUAUCACCUCCUUGUUUAUCAAACGGCUCUUAUGCUGGAACAUGAUCUUGCACAAAGAAGUGUUUGUUUGCUCUGGAUGCAAAGGAACGAGCGAAAAGAGUAGGGGACGUAGUUCCCGCUGUGGUGGUCUAUCUCUCAUCUGAUGGUUAAAUGCUCGGAGAUAUUAGCUGCAUAAGCUUCUCUGAAAUCCGAGGGUAAAUAAAGUAAUGUAUGUAUAUGUAUAGCGUAAAGACCUUUUUAACACAUUUAGAAUUAAUUAAUUGAUUAAUUAUUCAAUUAUUGCUUUGUCAUUAAUUAAUCAUUACGCCCUGAAUCUAGACACUAGAAGUAACCUGGCGGUUGUUCUGUAAUAGUUUGGUGUUGUUUUGCUUUCCUACUUUAGGCAGUAUUGUGCUGCAACAUGUGUGUUUUAAAUCCAGAUGCGGAGAGAGGACAUUCUAUAGCCGCGCACUCAGCUUAUGGAACAGUUUAGACAGCCCUGUUAAAGUCUGCGACUCUGUUCCUACUUUUAAACGUAAAUUAAGGACUAAUUUACUCGCCGCUUUCCUCUCAGGUCGGUCUUAGAUUUAGUUUUACUACCACAAUUUCUUCUUUCAUGUAAUCUUUAUCUUAUAAUGUUUAGUGUCUACUUUUAACUUAGUUAUAUUCUACCUUUGUUCGUUUUUGUAUUAUCGUAAUUUUUAGAGACGCCAUCAUUUUAACUUAAUAUGUUGACCUGAGAUUUUAUAUCAAUUGUCACUGAAAAGCUCUCUUUAGGGAGUGUCGAUAAAGUUUGUUUUAUAUUUUAGUGUACUUUGUUUUAAAAGUUUGCAUUUUAUGAAAAAAGCUCAUUUUUUUUUUUGAAUUUUUAUAAUUUAAAGGGACACUAUCACGAGCUUAAGUUAGUAGUGGUACUUCUACCACUACCUAACUUCGAAUAGUCACAACCCAAAAGACAAAUUUAGUGGUCUAGUUUUGUUAAAGAUUACUAUAUAAAUGCCCUGAAGCUAUACAAAAAAUUAUAUAAUGGGCCAAAUUGAAGAAGUCUGACACGUUUUCAGAUGUUGUCGUUGUGUCUUCGAAAAAUCACUUAAAACCUAUUAAAUUUGUUCUCCCUUCAGUAAUUCACUUAACAUAGUCAUGUUGGUGUUUUAGGAAUAGUUGCUUUACGAGUCAAGGUACUCAGUCAUAAUUUUAGCACUUCUGUGAUCAAAAAUGUUGUAAAAUCGCUGCGAUGGUGUCCCUUUUUAGCGUACACUUAUUGUAGGACUCAGUGACGGCAGUGCCAACUUCACUUCAUUCGUUAGGAGCAGGCAAUGUGAGGGGCAUAAAUAGCACCUGCUUUUAUGCCCAUCAACGUUAUCAUGCAUCCUAGUAGUAGUCCGUAGUUCGCUGUAGUGUUUUCUGAGUUGUUAUCGUCCCUCCUCAGAAAACUAACUUUUCUAAAUUCCAAUUCGAUCUUGGGUCAGAGGGCUGAAAAAGUUUAAACAGUUUUGUAUUACACGUUAGAGAGAGGUUGAAUGAUGUUUUUUUUAUGUGAUUUAAAGUUAUGUUCUUUAAACGUGAUUCCGUUAAUACUUUAGGAGAAAGCUGCGUCUCAAGAGCCACUUCGCUGAGCGGGCACCAUCAUCAGAUAGGUGCGCGAAUCCUCCGUAGGAAAAAAAAUGGCAGCUGUACAUUUUACCACAAUACCAUGCGAGCCUAAUACAGC